AAGACUGAAGCAGAUAUUCAAGAAGGGCUCUCCAGAGACAACAGAAAUGGAGCUUCCCCCAGAGCCCGAGGCCAAUGGGGAGGCAGUGGGGGCUGGGGGUGGGCCCAUCUACUAUAUCUAUGAGGAAGAGGAGGAGGAGGAGGAGGAGGAGGAGCCACCCCCAGAACCCCCGCAGCCUGUCAACGACAAGCCCCACAAAUUCAAAGACCACUUCUUCAAGAAACCCAAGUUCUGUGAUGUCUGUGCCCGGAUGAUUGUGCUCAAUAACAAGUUUGGGCUCCGCUGUAAGAACUGCAAAACCAACAUCCAUGAACAUUGCCAGUCCUACGUGGAGAUGCAGAGAUGCUUCGGCAAGAUCCCGCCUGGUUUCCAUCGAGCGUAUAGCUCCCCGCUCUACAGCAACCAACAGUAUGCCUGUGUCAAAGACCUCUCUGCUGCCAAUAGAAAUGACCCUGUGUUUGAGACCCUGCGCGUCGGGGUGAUCAUGGCAAACAAGGAGCGGAAGAAAGGACAGGCAGAUAAGAAAAAUCCUCUAGCAGCCAUGAUGGAGGAGGAACCGGAGUCAGCCAGGCCAGGGGAAGGCAAGUCCCAGGAUGGAAACAAUGCAGAAAGGGACAAGAAGGCGGAGAAGAAAACACCGGAUGACAAACACAAGCAGCCCGGCUUCCAGCAGUCUCAUUACUUCGUGGCCCUCUAUCGGUUCAAAGCCUUGGAGAAGGAUGAUCUGGAUUUCCCGCCCGGGGAGAAGAUCACAGUCAUCGAUGACUCCAAUGAGGAGUGGUGGCGGGGGAAAAUCGGAGAGAAGGUGGGAUUCUUCCCUCCAAACUUCAUCAUUCGGGUCCGAGCUGGAGAACGUGUGCACCGUGUAACCAGAUCGUUUGUCGGGAACCGAGAGAUCGGGCAGAUCACCCUGAAGAAAGACCAGAUCGUAGUGCAGAAAGGAGACGAAGCUGGCGGCUACGUCAAGGUCUACACCGGCCGCAAGGUGGGGCUGUUCCCCACCGACUUCCUGGAGGAGAUUUAGGUGUGCUAGCUGACACCUGCCGGAU